AUGCGCGAAGUGUGGUGGGCGACGCAGCGACACGUGGCCGGCAACUUCCUCUCACUCUACCAGAAGUACGAGGACUCGCCGCAGCAGUGGCUCAUGGCGCUGCGGGAGGUGGACGUGCAUCUGCUGCGGACGGCCAUCGUGCACCGCGAGAUCCUCGAGGGCGAGCUGGAGAAGCUGGCGCGCACCAUCGAGCUGGACGGCGAGCUGGCCUGUGCGGACAACAUCCGCCACCUGCAGGACGUCUUCGUCAAAGAGGGAGUCGGCUACUGGCUCGCCGAGCACCUGGACCUCAUCUGGAGCGAGUUCGGAAACCAGGUCCAGAAGGGCGUCGUGAACCUCUACAAAGCCUUCGACUCCCCUUUCGUGCGGUCCUGGGCGUCGUCUUCCGAGUGCAGAGCCGACGACGUGGCUCAGGCCAUCCACGAGUCCUGGACGGGCUUCAUUGGACGGGUCCAGGAAAGCCGUCGCUACGUGGUUGAAGAAGAGACCAGCAGCUACACCCAGGACGAGCUCGCCGUAGACCUGGAGAACAGCAGCAUUCCGCAUCGCAUCUACAUCUACACGCGCAUCCUUCGACGUUACGAGGCCCUCGUCAACCACGACUGGCAGGUCACCUACCGAACCACAAUUGCGCUUCUGGAUCAGUCACUGGCGGCCAGCGGGACGCAGCAAGGUGGACAUACGGUACCGGUGAUCCACACCAAGGUGACCGUCAUCGUGACCAAGAUCUGGGAAGAAGUGAUGGUGGAGAUUCGGCAGACCUUCAAGGAAUGCCGCGAGAAGUUCGAAGAGGCCAUUCUUUGCGACAGGACUCUCUGA